UUCCUUUUCCCCCUCAGCCGCUUAAGCCUGAGGCCGGGAAUGCUGGGAGUUGUAGUCCAAAACGCCUGAGGGAAGGCCUAAGUUUACUCGUGCCUCAUCUAUCUAUCUAUCUAUCUAUCUAUCUAUCUAUCUAUCUAUCUAUCUAUCUAUCUAUCUAUCUAUAUGACGUAAUAAUAAUGUAAUAAUAAAGUAAUGAACGACAAUAACAAAGGCCACGCAAUAACGCUAGCAUAAAAUACCAUAGUGAUGACACAUCCUCUCAUAAGAUAAUGAUAAAUAACAAGUCUUUUGGAAAUCUGGAUUGCUGCUGUGAAUUUUCCGGGCUGCCAGGCCAUCAUGUUCCAGGAGCAUUUUCUGACGUUUCGCCCACACCUGUGGCAGGCCUCCUCGGAGGUGGUGAGGUCUUUUGCAAAGGAGGCCAGUGGGGUUUAUAUAUGUCUAUAUCUCUGUGGACUGAUGUCCAGGGCGGGAGAAAGAAAGAGCUCUUGUCUGCCUGAGGCCAGUGGGAAUGUUGCUAUUAAUCACCUGGUUAUUAUGGAAUGGCCUUGCAGCUUCAAAGCCUGGCUGCUUCCUGCCUGAGGGAAUCCUUUGUUGGGAGGUGUCGGCUGGCCCUGAUUGUUUCCUGCCUGGAAUUCCCCUGGUUUUGAGUGUUGUACUUUAUUUACUGUCCUGAUUCUAGAGGUUUUUUUAAUACUGGGAGCCAGAUGUUGUUCAUGUUCAUCGUUUCUUCCUUUCUGUUGAAAUGGUCCACGUGCUUCAUGUGGAUUUCAGUGGCUUCUCUGCGUAGCCUGACGUGGUGGUUGUGAGAGUGGUCCGGCAUCUCUAUGUUGUCAAAUAAUAACCUGCUGCAUCCAGGUUGGUUCACCAGGCGCUCUGCUGACUUCUCUGGCUGCGUGAGCCUGCCAUGCCUUUCAUGUUCCCUGAUUCACGCCUGACCCCAACCAUUUCUCAUGUUCAGCUUGUUGUCACAAAGACUCCAAACCUUUUCCACAUGGACUGUGGCGAAGCCAGGCGUCUCCCAUCCUGUAUGUUUGCAUUUCAUUUUUUCUGCCCGAGGGUAUUCUUACAUUUGGCCUUGUUGAAAUUCGUUUUGUUAUUUUUGACAACUCAGCUCUCUAACUGGAGCAAAUUACAGGACACGUUCAACGCCUCUGUUUACGGAGCUCCACUGGCUGCCGUUUACUUUCCGGGCCCAAUUCAAGGUGCAGGUUAUCACCUACAAAGCCCUAAACGCUUUGGGACCCACCUACCUUUGAGACCGCAUCUCCCCCUACGAACCCGCACGUUCUCUCCGCUCGUCGGGGGAGGCCCUUCUCUCGCUCCCACCCCCCUCGCAGUCGCGGUUGGUGGGGACGAGAGAGAGAGAGGGCCUUCUCCGUCGUGGCCCCCAUCCCGGCUUUGGAACUUGCUCCCUAGAGAGAUCAGGCAGGCCCCCACCCUCCUCUCCUUUCGUAGGAGUUUAAAAACCUGGCUCUUCCAGAAGGCCUUUGACACCUAAUUAGAUGUUGGACUGAGCCAUCUGCCCAUUUUAUAAUAGCCCCCUUUUCUGAGAUGUUGCCAAUGCUAUUUUGCACUUUAUUGUCCAUUUCUACCGGCACAUUCUGUUUUGGAUUUUAUGAAUUAGUCUCCUGUUUUAAUAUUGUAUAUUUUUUGUAUGCUUUUUGCUGAUUUUAACGAUUGUUUUAUUGUUAUUGAUGUUUUACUGGUAUAAUUGUUUUAUAGUCGUGCUAUUGAUGUUGAUUGUCUUUUCAGGCUAGGCCCCAUAUCCCUUCGGGGAGAUGGGGCGGGGUAUAAAAAUAAAAUUAUUAUUAUUAUUCUAACCUGUUGAGAUCCUUUUUGCACCCUGACCCUGUCCUCUGGAGCGACAGGGUGGUCCUUGGGCUCUCUUCUAACUCUAUAAGAGUUAGCUGGUGGGGACGAGGGACAGGGCCUUCCUUCUCGGUGGUGGCUCCUCCCUCGGCUGUGGAACUCCCUCCCCAGCGAUAUCCGGCAAACCCCAUCCCUCCUGGGAUUUAGAAGAAAACUAAAAACUUGGCUCUGCGCCCAGGCAUUCAGCGAGUAAGCUCAUUGGCUGAUGUAAUCGGGUCGCAAAUCUGUAAUUGUAGCAGUAUUGAAUGACUGAGGAUGGUGCAAUAUCGCUGCCUUGCAGCGUUUUAAUUUUUGUAUACUUUUUAUCAUGUUUUAAUUGUUUUGUUUUAUAGUAUAUUUGUUGCUGGCCCUCUUGGCAGAAUGUAAGCCGCUUUGAGUCCCCUCGGGGAGAAGGGCGGGGUAUAAAUGCAUGUAAUAAAUAAAUAAAUAAAAUAUAAGUCUGUUGUAUUGUAUGACCAACUUUGUAUCAGUUGUGGCUGUUGGAAAAUGUUAAUCCAUUGUGGGCUUUCAUGCUGACUUUAAAGAAACUGUCAGGUUGCUUUGUUUGUGCUUUUGGUGCACAAAGGCAGAAGGGGGUUGAACUAAAAGGCCCAAGGGGUCUCUUCCAACCCCCUUUAUUAUUUUUAUAAUAAUGAUUAUUAUUAUUAACAUUGAGGCUGCAUUUGUUCUCGUUUUUGGUUUUUAAAAAAUUCCAAAUAAGAUAUGUGAAGUGUGCAUAGGAAUCCCUAGCCUGUCUUGGUCACCUACCCCACAUUCAGAUAAGGUUGACUGCGGGAUGGGGCCCCUGGUCAAGGGGAUGGAAUCCUUACAGACCACUGCCUCCCCGCCCUCCAGAUCUUGAUUGGUGCUGCACGGCAUAACCUGGCAGACAAAGCUGGGUGAGGUGUCCCCCCCCCCCCCCCCCCAGCCUCGUCCAGCCAGGUCUCCGUUAUACAAGCCAGGUCAUACAGGAUGAGGUUCUGGAUAAUCGCCAAUUUUCCAUUUACAGACCUGACGUUCAGUCCGGAGGGACCGCCAACCUGGGUACCCAAGUUUACCAUGUCUGGAGGCCAUUUUAAAUCUCUUCCUUUCCCUAGGCCGAAUUAAUUUAGGCCUCCGUUUCCCAUAUUUCCCCCUCCCCUGAAUUACUUCUAUGGGGGCUUCUUGGCUAAUGGAAGACCACCGUCCCUCUAGAUGGUCCAUUGUGGAGUUGGCGCUAGCAUUUAGGUACCUCUGAAUGAACCUUGUGAAGAAGAUCCUGUGAGAGCUUUGCCCUAGGAUGUCUUAGGACUGAAAUGAAGGGUCACUGCACUGGCACAAACAAGGAAUAAGUAGGAGAAAGGCAUAUUUCAAGCGAUAUACUUGAAGGAAAGGGAAGAUUGUGCUGUUAAAAGAGGGGCUUGGGGACGAGACCAGAAGGCUACGGCAAUAUAAAAACCAAGAAGAGGAAAUCUUGUGUUGUUCAUAUCUGUGACCUUCUGGCAUAAUAUUUUAAUCACAAAUCAAAAGAAUGGAAAAUCUUCAUCCCUGUUCCACAUCCACAUCUCAUACAGAGGAGAAGCUGCAUAAGUGUAUGGACUGUGGGAAAUGUUUCAUGCAUAGAAGUUCUCUUACUAAACAUCAGGAAACUCACGCAGGAGAGAAGCCAUAUACAUGUCUGGAAUGUGGAAAGAGCUUCAGUCAGAGUGCACAGUGGAGUUCCCAUCAAAGGACCCACACAGGAGAGAAGCCAUAUACAUGCACGGACUGUGGAAAGAGCUUCUGUGAGAGUGGACAGCUGUGUUCCCAUCAAAGGACCCACACAGGGGAGAAGCCAUAUACAUGUCUGGAAUGUGGAAAGAGCUUCAGUCGGAGUGACAGUCUGCGUUCCCAUCAAAGGACCCACACAGGAGAGAAGCCGUAUCAAUGCACAGAAUGUGGAAAGAGCUUCCGUCAGAGUGGACAGCUGAGCCUCCAUCAAAGCAUGCACACAGGGGAGAAGCCAUACCAGUGCAUGGAAUGUGGAAAGAGCUUCAGUUUGAGUGGACACCUGAGCCUCCAUCAAAGGACCCACUCAGGGGAGAAGCCACAUAAAUGCAAAGAAUGUGGAAAGAGCUUCAGUCACAGUGGAACCCUGUAUUCCCAUCAAAGGACCCACACAGGGGAGAAGCCAUAUCAAUGCAUGGAAUGUGGAAAGAGCUUCAUUUGGAGUAGAGAUUUGCGUUGCCAUCAAAGGACACACACAGGGGAGAAGCCAUAUCAAUGCAUGGAAUGUGGAAAGAGCUUCAGUCGGAGUGGAGAUCUGCGUUCCCAUGAAAGGAUCCACACAGGGGAGAAGCCGUAUCAAUGCACAGAAUGUGGAAAGAGCUUCAGUAAAAGUGGAUAUCUGCGUUCCCAUCAAAAGACCCACGCAGCAGAGCAGCCGUAUAAAUGCAUGUUUUGUGGAAAGGGCUUCAGUCAAAGUGGACUGCUGCGUUCCCAUCAAAUGAUCCACACAGGGGAGAAGCCGUAUCAGUGCACGGAAUGUGGAAAGAGCUUCAUUCAGAGAGGAAACCUGCGUUCCCAUCAAAGGAUCCACACACGGUUAGAGGAAGAGACCUGCAUUUGAAUUUCCUAUUCUUCUUUUUAAAAAUCCCCCAGACACGAGUCCCAUCCCUCCAUAGGCAGGCAAGUAAUGGGAGAAUGGUCUUGAUCAGUCAUGGGUGGGGGUCCCAGGGCUCUCUGUGCUUCCGACCCAUGCCCAGCCCAAUCUACCAAGUAGUGUAGUCGGCGGCGGUGAUAACGAGAGUCCAAACUCCACCACAGCUGGGAAGAAGCCAAGUCUUUAUCAUCAGAGACUCACAGAAAUGCUGAACUAUCUAAUGUAUGCGAACUGCUGGGACCAUCGGCAGGACUCAUUUUCUAGCAUUUAGAGACACUGAACAAAAAGUUGGAUCACUUGUUUGCAGGUGUGUUCCUGAAUUGCAAAGAACCCAGCGGACAAAUCAUGCACCUGGGACACAGGUGAGGAAGAAGCCUCACGUCUUAAGGAGGAGAACUGGUCAAUUGGGGGGGGGGGGGGCAGGGGAGGGACCGAGGUGGGCUGAACGUGGAAUACAACGGUUUCUGUGAGGGGAAGGGGAGAGAUCGCAGGAGAUACAGAGUACUCAAGGGUCAUGUGGAAGUGGUACAAGAGGAACCUAGAUGAACAGAGCGAGGCUCAGAUGGCCGGCAAGACUGGCCAUUACAACAUCAACAUGGGAUUUUACAACCUAAUAAGCUGGCUCUUGAAGUCUCGGACUCCCUUUCAAAUAAGGGCAGGUGGGCUUCAAUGAGAGCUGCAAAGAUGUCCCUGGGACAGAUCCUAAGGACGCGGCCUACGGAUGUCAAAAUUGGUUCCAUCAAGCGGCUCCGCAGAGACUAUUAUAAUCACAUCUCCCACCUGCCAAUUACAUUCGAUGACGCAACUAUAUCGAAGGGGGUGUUUGCAUGUAAACCAUUGCUGAAUUAUUGGGGUGACCGUAUAGGGAGCGUUGUCCGGCCUCAGUUGCCCGGCCACUCGUUGCUGGACUUCAGAUAGGCCCCCAAAAGAAAGGGAUAUUGAAUUGCCCCCAGAGCGCCCCAGAGUCGUCCCCACACACUCGAGUGAAGGGUCCGGAUCCCUCGCUAGCACCCCAAGUUCCGGGCAAGAAGAACGCCAGCCCUUGCCCUUAGAACAAGGGCCCCGACAAGGACUCCAUCCAUCUCCUUUGCCUUGUAUUUACAAGAAUUCCCCCCCCCCCGGUGAGCCCCCUCCCUAGAAUACCCUCCGGUCCCUCGGCAUCUGAGAGCUGAACCUCCCCCUCAAGCCCAUCGCCCUCCAACCCUCCACAAGUCACCAUCCGGGGGGGAGGGAGGGGAGUUCUGAGACCUGGGGACCCCCGUUGAGGUCGUGCUGGGGAGAGGGAGACGUGGUCAAGCGUGCCAUCCCAGGGAGAAGCGCAACAGAGUUCUUCCACAACACCGUCACGGUCAUCCCACCCCUGACUCAGAUUGAACCUCAGAUUGACUCGGAUAAGGAAAGAGGGACUCAGGUUCAAAAUCUCCCCGAAAGGCCUGUAUCUUUGGAGGAUGAGGAGCAGAGGGUGCAGGUUCAGUUCCCACAGGGAGGGUUGGAGUGGAUGACCCAGAAGCCCCUGAAGCCGGCCAGGUGACCACGGACAUGGGAGCGGAGGAAGGGAGGGUGGAAGGUUCCCAGCUUCAUAAUGAGUCUCAGCGAAAUAAUGAGCAAGCUGGCCUUGAUGAGACGGGCUCCUUGGAUAGGGCUGAGCGUUUGGAAUUGAGGGUUCGGCGUAGUGUGAGAAUCGCAAACAGAAGGGAACCGGGACUCAAAAAGAUCUUGUCGUGGGUGUCUACUACAGACCUCCGAGUCAGGAUGAAGGACUUGAUGAAGCCUUCUGUCAACAGCUGACCAAACAGGCACAAAGAAGAGAUAUAGUAGUCAUGGGCGAUUUCAAUUAUCCCGAUAUCUGCUGGAAAACAAACUCAGCCAAGAGUACAAAGUCCAACAAAUUCCUCACUUGCCUUGCAGACAAUUUUAUGGUCCAGAAGGUAGAAGAGGCAACAAGGGGAUCAGCAACUCUUGAUCUAAUCUUAACAAAUGUGGAAGACCUGAUCAAUACAGUUGAAGUGGUUGGAUCCUUAGGGACAAGUGACCAUGAGCUUUUGCAGUUUGCAAUACAAAGGAAUGCUGAAACUAAGACAAGUCAAACACGCAUUCUGGACUUUAAGAGAGCUGACUUCCAAAAAAUGAAGGAAUUACUGAGCGGCAUUCCAUGGACGCCGAUAUUAAAAAACAAGGGAGUUAAGGAUGGAUGGGAGUUUUUCAAAAGUGAAAUACUCAAGGCGCAAAUGCAAACAGUGCCAACGAAGAAGAAAAAUAAGACAAGUGCAAAGAAGCCAGAAUGGAUGUCCAAAGAACUUCUAACCGAGCUAAAGCUCAAAAGUGACAUGCACAAGAAGUGGAAAAGGGGAGAAAUCACCAAAGAAGAAUUCAAACGUAUAGCCAACACCUGUAGGGAAAAGGUUCGCAAGGCUAAAGCGCAAAAUGAGCUCAGGCUUGCCAGGGACAUAAAAAACAACAAAAAAGGCUUUUUUGCUUACGUUGGUAGAAAAAGGAAGAAAAAGGAGGCGAUAGGGCCUCUGCAAGGAGAAGAUGGGGUGAUGGCGACAGGGGACAGGGAAAAGGCAGAACUACUUAAUGCCUUCUUUGCCUCAGUCUUCUCACAAAAAGAAAGCCAUCUUCAACCUCAGCAACACGGAAUGGACGAAAGAUUGGGGGAAAUCCAACCCCAAAUAGGGAAACAAGUUGUCCAGGAACACCUGGCCACUCUAAACGAAUUCAAGUCCCCAGGGCCAGAUCAGCUACAUCCAAGAGUACUGAAGGAACUAGCGGAAGUUAUUUCAGAACCAUUGGCAAUUAUCUUUGAGAGUUCUUGGAGAACGGGAGAAGUCCCAGCAGAUUGGAGGAGGGCGAAUGUGGUCCCUAUCUUCAAGAAGGGAAAAAAGAACGACCCAAGCAAUUACCGUCCGGUCAGCCUCACAUCGAUACCAGGCAAGAUUCUGGAAAAGAUCAUUAAGGAAGUGGUCUACGAACACUUAGAAACAAAUGCGGUCAUUGCUAAUAGUCAACACGGAUUUACCAAAAACAAGUCAUGCCAGACUAAUCUGAUCUCUUUUUUCGAUAGAGUUACGAGUUGGGUCGAUACAGGGAAUGCUGUGGAUGUAGCGUACCUGGAUUUCAGUAAGGCCUUCGACAAAGUCCCCCACGACCUUCUGGCAAACAAACUAGUAAAAUGUGGGCUAGACAAAACUACGGUUAGGUGGAUCUGUAAUUGGCUAAGUGAACGAACCCAAGGGGUGCGCACCAAUGCAUCGUCUUCAUCUUGGAAAGAAGUCACGAGUGGAGUGCCACAAGCAGGGCUCCGUCCUGGGCCCGGUUCUGUUCAACAUCUUUAUUAACGACUUAGACGAAGGGUUAGAAGGCACGAUCAUCAAGUUUGCAGACGACACCAAACUGGGAGGGAGAGCCAACACUCCAGAAGACAGGAGCAGAAUUCAAAACGAUCUUGACAGACUAGAGCAGGGGUCCCCAAACUAAGGCCCGGGGCCCUCCAAGGUCAUUUACCUGGCCCCCACCCUCAGUUUUAUAAUAUAAUAUUUUUAUAUCAGUUUUAAUAAUAUAAUAUAUUGUAUAUACAUAUAAUAUUAUGUUAUACAAUAGAAUACUAAUAGUAAUACCAUAUAAUAAUAUUAAUUAUAUGUUAUAUAUUACAUAUUAUAUAAUAGCAUAGUGGUAUAGUUCAAUAUCUAUAUAUAUAAAAGAGUGAUGGCAUCACGGCGACUCACAAAACAACAAAAGUACAGGCCCCUCAACCUCAAAAUUUGACAACACAACCCAUCAUCCAUGCCUCAAGGUUGAUACAACAAAAAGAAAAGAAAAAUAAAGUCCUAAUUAGAGGGAGAGCAAUAAUUUUUUUUAUCCAAUUGCUGCCAGUUUAGAGGGCUAAUCUCUGCCCACUUGGUUGCCUAGCAACCAAGGAACAGCCAGGGUUCAGUUAGGGGACAGGCCGAUUUAGGCCUCACUUAGACUUCUGCUGCCCUGCAGACUAGGACACGGAACAAUGGCUUCAAACUACAGGAAAGGAGAUUCCACCUGAACAUCAGGAAGAACUUCCUCACUGUGAGAGCUGUUCGACAGUGGAACUCUCUCCCCGGGGCCGUGGUGGAGGCUCCUUCCUUGGAGGCUUUUAAGCAGAAGCUGGAUGGCCAUCUGUCGGGGGUGCUUUGAAUGUGAUUUCCUGCUUCUUAGCAGGGGGUUGGACUAGAUGGCCCAUGUGGUCUCUUCCAACUCUACUAUUCUAUGAUUCUAUGAUUCUAUGAUUCUUCCACAGAUUAUCUAAUUUGCACUGGAUUAUAUGGCAGUGUAGACUCAAGGCCCUUCAACACAGCUAUAUAACCCAUUUAUAAUCUUAUUUUAUCUGCUUUGCACUGGAUUAUCUUGACUCCACACUGCCAUAUAAUCCACCUCAGUGUGCAUUUUAUACAGCUGUGAAGAAGGAGCCUCAUAUAAUCCAGUUCUGAGCAGAUAAUAUAAGAUUAUCAAUAUAGAGUAGAGUCUCACUUAUCCAACGUAAACAGGCCGGCAGGAUAAGUGAAUAUGUUGGAUAAUAAGAACGGAUUCAGGAAAAGCCAAUUAAACAUCAAAUUAGGUAAUCAUUAUACAAAUUAAGCACCAAAACAUCAUAUUAUACAACAAAUUUGACAGAAAAGGUAGUUCCAUGCGCAGUAAUGCUAUGUAGUAUUUACAGUAGAGUCUCACUUAUCCAACACUCGCUUAUCCAACGUUCUGGAUUAUCCAACACAUUUUUGUAGUCAAUGCUUUCAAUAUAUCAUGAUAUUUUGGUGCUAAAUUCAUAAGUACAGUAAUUACUAUAUAGCAUUACUGUGUACUGAACUACUUUUUCUGACAAAUUUGUUGUCUAACAUGAUGUUUUGGUGCUUAAUUUGUAAAAUCAUAACUUAAUUUGAUGUUUAAUAGGGUUAUCCUUAAUUCCUCAUUAUCCAACAUAUUCGCUUAUCCAACGUUCUGCCGGCCCAUUUAUGUUGGAUAAGUGAGACUCUACUGUACUGUAUUUACAAAUUUACCACUAAAAUAUCACAAUGAAUUUAAAACACUGACUACAAAAACAUUGAUUAUGAAAAGGCAGACUGCGUUGGAUAAUCCAGAACAUUGUAUAAGCGAAUGUUGGAUAAGUGAGAUUCUUCUUUAAUAUGAAAUAAUUACUGGGAUAGAAUAAUGCAGAACAAUAUAAUCUCUAAAACCAGGACAGGAAAUAAACGGGAAUUCCACACAGGAAACAAUCAGGGCCAGCUAACACCUCCCAACAAAGUAUUCCCAUCAUCAAAGUCUGGCACAUCCUCUGUUUUCUCAGGGCCACAGACAGUAGAAGCACAUAAAAUAUCGCAAACAACACCACUCUGAAAACAAGGGAAUUCCAGACAGGAAACAAUCAGGGCCAGCUAACACCUCCCAACAAAAAAUUCACUCAGGGAGGAAACAGCCAGGCUUUAAAGCUCCAAGGCCAUUACAUGCUAAUCAUUUUCCCUAAUUGCAGCAUUCAUACUUGCCUCCAACAAACAAAAAAAACCAAUCAGAAAUAUUGUAUAUUCACAACCUUUAGGAAAUAAUAUCCCCUGAUGGCGCAGCGUGAUAAAACACUGAGCUGCUGAACUUCUGGACCGAAAGGCCACAGGUUUGAAUUGGGGGAGCGGAGAGAGCCCCCACUGUUAGCCCCAGCUUCUGCCAACCCAGAAGUUCAAAAACAUGUAAAUGUGAGUGCAUCAAUAGGUACUGCUCCGGCGGGAAGGUAACGCCGCUCCAUGCAGUCAUCCCACAUGACUUUGGAGGAGUCUACGGACAACGCCGGCUCUUCGGCUUAGAAAUGGAGAUGAGCACCAACCUCCAGAGUCAGACACGACUGGACUUAAUGUCUGGGGAAAACCUUUACCCUUGACCUUAACUACCACCAAUUCCUCAAGACUUUAUUUCCCAGACCACCAGACUUCGCCACAGCAACGCGUGGCCGGGCACAUCUAGUAGUAAUAUAUAAUGCUAAUAUUGUGUUAUGCUAAUAAUAUAAUAUUUUGUAUGUACAUACAGCGGCUCUGAGUCCCCUUCGGGGUUAGAAGGGUGGGAUAUAAAUGUAAUAAAUAAAUGCAGUAAAUAAAUAAAUAAUUUUAGACUUAGGCUCGCCCAAAGUCUGAAAUGACUUAAAGACACACAACAACAACAACAAUCCUAAUUAACUUGACUAUCUCAUUGGCCAGUAGCAGGCCCACACUUUCCAUUGAAAUCCUGAUAGGUUUAUGUUGGUUAAAAUUGUUUUCAUUUUUAAAUAUUGUAUUUUUUUUUAGUUGUUGUUGUUGUUGCACUACAAAUAAGACAUGUGCAGUAUGCAUAGGAAUUUGUUUUGUUUUUUUAAAAUGAUAAUUCGGCCCCUCAACAGUCUGAAGGAUUGUGGACCGGCCCUCUGCUUCAAAAGUUUGGGGACCCCUGGACUAGAGAGAUGGGCCGAAACUAACACAAUGAAGUUUAACAGGGACAAAUGCAAGAUACUUCACUUUGGCAGAAAAAAAUGGAAUGCAAAGAGACAGAAUGGGGGACGAUGCCUGGCUUGACAGCAGUGUGUGCGAAAAAGACCUUGGAGUCCUCGUGGGGAACAAGUUAAACAUGAGCCAGCAAUGUGAUGCGGCAGCUAAAAAAGCCAACGGGAUUCUGUCCUGCAUCAAUAGGGGAAGAGCGUCUAGAUCCAGGGAAGUCCUGCUCCCCCUUAUUCUAUUCUGCCUUGGUCAGACCACACCUGGAAUCACACUGUGUCCAAUUUUGGGCACCACAGUUGAAGGGAGAUGUUGACAAGCUUGGAAAGCGUCCAGAGGAGGGCGACUAAAAUGAUGAAGGGUCUGGAGAACAAGCCCUAUGAGGAGCGGCUUAAAGAGCUGGGCAUGUUUAGCCUGCAGAAGAGAAGGCUGAGAGGAGACAUGAGAGCCAUGUACAACUAUGUGAGGGGAAGUCCUAGGGAGGAGGGAGGGAGCUUGUUUUCUGCUGCCCUGCAGACUAGGACGCAAGGGAACAAGGGCUUCAAACUACAGGAAAGGAAGGAGAUUCCACCUGAACAUCAGGAAGAACUUCCUCACCGUGAGAAGGGCUGUUCGACAGUGGAACUCUCUCCCCGGGGCCGUGGUGGAGGCUCCUUCCUUGGAGGCUUUUAAGCAGAGGCUGGAUGGCCAUCUGUCGGGGGUGCGAUUUCCUGCUUCUUGGCAGGGGGUUGGACUGGAUGGCCCAUGAGGUCUCUUCCAACUCUACUAUUCUAUGAUUCUAUAAGGGAGGUGAGGGGGCAGAGAAAUGCCUUCAUGUCUUGCAAAGAGUGCUAAAAGGGGUGCGUUCGGGGAAAAGUCUUUGUCAAAGCAACUUUCUCGUGACCGGAGAAGCAAGCUACAGUUUCCCUGCUGUGCUUUGGAUUAUCAUUGCAGCCCAUGUAUCCAUGUUCCUUGGAAUUGCCAUGCUCUCUUUGGAUGUUGUUUAUUCCUUGUGAGUUCCUGACUUACAUCCCAAGACUAUAUUUGUAACUGACUUUUGGUGCUUUACUUUGCUUUUUGAAGAACUUUUUGCUAUCUAUCGUUAAUAAACUAAAAGGACUCAAACCUGCCGUGGAGUUUGUGUGUUAGAGCAAGGUGAAUCAAGGCCGAGGUGCGACAACCCCGAACAGAAGACCAGGUCUGGAGUGUAAGUAAGUAAAACUUUAUUUAUAUUCUGCUCUAUCUCCCCGAAGGGACUCGGGGCAGUUUCCAAUCAUAAAACAACAAUGUACACCACAUAGCCAGUAUAAUAAAACACAUGAUUAAAAUGAGGUAAAACUAUACUGUUAAAAUAAACAAUAAAUAGCAGUUACAACAAACCUCAAUCGAGGGGAUGGGGAUCAUUAGACCAAAUGUAUUAACAUAGUCCGUUUAGGGAUAAGUGAGUCUUAUACGGUAUACCAGAGUAAUGUCACACCUCAGCCUUGAUUCACCUUGCUCUAACACACAAAAACUGUAUAGCAGGUUUAAGUCUUUUCGGUUUAUUAAAGAUAGAUAGUAAAAAGUUCUUCAAAAAGCAAAAGUAUAAUAUCAAAAGUCAGUUACAAAAUAUAAUCUUGAAAUAUAAAUCAGAAACUCACAAGGAAUAAACAAUGUCCAAAAGAAAGCAUGGCAGUCUAUGGAUACAUAGACUGCAAGAUAAUCCAAAACAUGGCAGGAAAACUAGAGCUUGCGUCUCCGGUGAAAGAAAGUUGCUUUGACAACAGCUUCUUCCCAAACGUCCCCUUUUAACACUCUUUGCAAAACAUGAAAACAUUCCUUUGCCCUCUCGGCUCCCCCGCCUGUUCGCAAGUCUAGUACUACGCCGUACCCUCAAUUCCAAACACUCAGCCCUAUCUAAGGAGCCCAUCUCAUCAAGGCCAGCUUGCUCGUUAUUUCACUGAGACUCAUUAGGAAGCUGGGAACCUUCCACCCUCCCUUCCUCCACUCCCAUGUCCGUGGUCACCUGGCCGGCUUCAGGGGCUUCUGGGUCAUCCACUCCAACCCUCCCUGUGGGAAACUGGACCUGCACCCUCUGCUCCUCAUCUUCCAAAGUUACAGGCCUUUGGGGGAGAUUCUUGUUAAGACUUAACUUUAUGCUUGCAGAGUCUCAGCGCCUUCCAGUAGCUUACAUCUGUUCAGUACUUUCAGUCUGCUUCCAUAGUAGACUCUUGAGCACAUGCCCGGCCAUUGUCAGUUUUUACUACUGUCUUUCCCCCAGUCUAGAUGAUAUUACGGACUCACCACAGAACGUAGUAUCUUGUCCAAGUAGUAGUAGGUUUAAUUACAUAUAGGCGUCACGACAUCAAAAAGGAAAGGAAAGGGGGGAGAAAAUACACUGAAUAUGAUUCUUUAUAUACAAUACAAUUACUCAUAGUAAUCAUUGAUUGGUUACCAACUAAUUAACCCAACCCAAACUCAGGAUUGCAUCAUUGACAAUCACCUGGAGUAGGCCCAAACACAUUCCCCAAAUGAUUCCCAAUAGAAGCCCAUUAGCAGUGCAUGACUCAGUACAUUGUAAAACCUAACAAUUCUGAACACGAACCCCUGUGUCCUCAUCAGAGUCAACCCUAGAUUCACGCUGAGUCACAACAAGUAGAUCACUCAGAAACCUGUGUGUCCAUCCAGCGCUGUAGGUGGGGCCAGGGACCCUUUGGGACAGACCCACGGUUGUCAAGGCGGCUGUGAAGUCCUGAGUCUCAACUGGCCAUUGGACCCCAACACCGGGCCCGAGACCCCCCCUCCCGGGCCGGCUCAGGUGGGGAGACGGUUGGGUGGACGGCACACCAACAAAACCCCUGUUCUGCCCCCCCCCCCCCCCCCCCCGAGAUAGACACACAUUGUAUUAUUACGGGCUACACCAGGACACACUUCGCUGUGGCUUAGUAUUUAUUUAUUUGCAGUAUUUAUAUCCCGCCUUCCUCUCCCCCGAGGGGACUCAAAGCGGGUCGUAUGAGAGGUCCUGAAUCUGAAAGUAAAUAACAGUCUUGCAGCAAUCGUAGAUUCACCGAGAAAACACAUCAUUCCAUCCAAUGCCCUGCCUUGCAUUGCUGUGUCUCUGUGGAGUGAAUGGAAACGAGGGAAAAAGAGGGUUUUAACCAUAAAUCAUGUUUUAUUGUA